AUGCCUAUACAAGAAGCAGCACCGUUACCUAUGGCCGGUAGACCAGCAAUAAUCGACACUGCAAAAAGUACGAGUGUCGACUCUGAGAAUGGGGAGAUAGUAUCACCCCCCAAAUACUCAGUACACAGAAGUUGCCGCUGCAGAUUUUAA